UGUUUACUUUAUGUAUGCCCCAGUUUUUGUAAACGUUUUAAACAAAAUAAUUCCUUUUUGUUGCUUCAUCAUAUUUUUGAAAUAUUUGACUAAUUCUUCCGUCAAUCAUAUGGAUUGAAUUAUUAUAGUGAUAAACUCGGGUCUACCGACAAUGAAUUGAAAUUUUGUGCUCAUUGUUUGUCUUUAGCUUGACAAAUUUAUUUAUUAUGUCCACAUUUGUAAACGCGUUAUAACAUCUCAACAUCGUCGUUUCAAGUUGUUCAAGAAUCUUCAUCUUAAAAUGAGCAAUCGCUCAGAAAUAAAAGAGCUCUCGUUUAAGCAAAAGUCUAUGUAUUAUUAGUGCAAUAGCACAUGGACAUUCAAUGGAAAUUUAGAUAAUUUUUGUUGGUUAUGAGGAAGUAAUUUCCUUGUCAAGUCAUUCGAUAAUAUUGUGUUAUUAAAAACUUCUUUAGCAUGGCUUAUUUGACCUGAUUUUAUGCAAUACUUGAAAACAUCUUAGAUCUGGUGUUUAUGAUGAAUGGCAUUUACUCUGUCAAAAUGUGUGAUAAACAGCAAUUUACAAACAAAAAUAAUUUACAAAAGAAAGUUUAUCCCCAUGCUCUUUUUGAAAAGGCUGCUUUCAAGAAUGAAAAUAGAAGUCAGUGUGUAAAAUUAAAACCUUUGGUUGCACCUAACGAAAUUGACAAGAGCUCAACAGUUUCAUCUGAAAUAAAAUUCUUAAUUAGGUUGAAUCCAAAUGAUCAGCCAUCUCCUGGAGGGAAAAAGAGGAAUCCAAGUAAGAUACCAGUUUUGCAAAAAGCAUUUCCAUGUAGAAAAGGAAAGCAUGAUGUUAGUCAUUUUGAUACUGUUUUAUCAGCUGCAGAUAGGAGGCAAAAGUUUCAUCAAAGUCGCUUACAUGUUGCUCCUCCUAUCAACAUUAUUAAUGCCCAUAGUCAAAUUCCUCAGCAGAAAGAGAGAGUUUCUAUAUUCAAAACUUUCUUUCCAUAUCAGCCAGAAAUUCAUCUGAAUGAAUUAACUUCAUCCAAUCUCAGUGCUUGCACCAAAGUUAUUCUUCCUCCUAUACAGAAUAUGAAUCCUUCUCAAGAUAAGACAGUGAAUUCCAUUCAAGUAAAAAAGAAAUGUCUGAUUGGUGAAAUUACUCAUUUUCCUGCCUUAUGUAAUUUAGGUGGUAAUAAUGGUAACCAUGUAAAGAAAUCAGUCAUUAGUCAGGUUCCUCAUUUACCGCCUAUAUUUUCAACACCAACUGCUCCUCCAAACAGUAAAGCCUUAUCAUUGGAACAAGAUGCAAAUAAAGUUAUUUAAAUUUAAAAAUUCUUCGAAGGUGGUGGAACUUGGCACUUAUUGUCCUUUUCAUGAAUGGAAUGUUCUUUUGUGUAAUUAGUCAAGCUGUGCAACAUUUUUCGAAGAAUAUACAAUUGUUGAUAUUUUUUCAAUCUAUAAAAUUGAAUUUUGUUACAAUGAAUUGUGUUUCAUUUGUUGUUUACAUUAUUGGUUCAAAUAAAAUGUUCAGUGAGUU